AUGCUCCUUUUAAUAUCUGAAUCAAUGGAUGGAGCAAAUGACUCUAUGGUAACUGAGUUUGUGCUUCUGGGUCUCUCUUCUUCUUGGGAGUUGAAGAUUCUACUCUUUUUGUUCUUCUCCUUGUUUUUUAUGGGAAUCAUGCUGGGAAAUCUCUUUAUUGUAUUCACUGUGAUUUUUGACCCUCACCUGCACUCCCCUAUGUAUUUCCUGCUGGCCAAUCUCUCCUUCAUUGACUUAGGUCUAUCUGCUACCACAGUACCAAGGAUGAUAGUGGACCUUUUCAGUGAAUAUAAUAUGAUCAUCUCCUUCCCAGGUUGCAUGACACAGAUGUUCUUUAUCCAUGUCAUGGGAGGAACUGAGAUGGUUCUGCUCAUAGCCAUGGCCUAUGACAGAUACAUAGCAAUCUGUAAGCCUCUCCACUAUUUGACAGUUAUGAGUCAGAAAAUGUGCAUUUGCUUUGUAGUGACUGCCUGGAUAGUUGGGAUGAUUCAUGCUCUUUCUCAGUUUGUUUUUGUUAUAAACUUGCCCUUCUGUGGCCCAAACAAUGUGGAGAGCUUUUAUUGUGACUUUCCUCGGGUCAUAAAACUUGCCUGCAUAGACACCUAUAGGCUGGAGUUUGUGGUCACAGCCAAUAGUGGGUUUAUCUCCAUUGGAACUUUUCUCCUAUUGAUGAUAUCCUACAUUUUCAUCCUGAUCUGUGUUCGACAACAUUCUGCAGAUGAUUUGUCCAAAGCCUUCUUUACCUUAUCAGCUCACAUCACUGUGGUGGUUUUAUUUUUUGGUCCAUGUAUGUUUCUUUAUGUGUGGCCAUUUCCUACAUUGUCACUUGAUAAAUUCUUUGCUAUUGUUGACUUUGUUAUCACCCCUGUCUUGAAUCCUGCUAUCUAUACAUUAAGGAAUAAGGAUAUGAAGAUGGCAAUGAGAAGACUGAGUAGCCAGAUUGUGAGCUCUAGGGAGAACUUGUGA